AUGCUAGGAAGUGAAGAAAAAAAAGUGGAUCAUGAUCAUCAAAGGAAGAAAGUUAUCAAUAACAAAGAUGCAAUAAUUCCAAAAGGGUAUUUGCCAAUCAAAGUAGGGCAUGGUGAGGAACAAGAGAAGAUUGUCAUGCCUGUGAUGUAUCUCAAUCAUCCAUUGUUUUCUCAGCUUCUUAAGGAGGCAGAAGAAGAGUAUGGUUUUGAUCAACAAGGAACCAUAAUCAUCCCUUGUCAUUUGAAGGAGUUUAGGUACAUUCAAGAACUUAUUGAUAGGGAUAAUAAUAAUAAUAGUAAUAAUAAUAAUAAGUCCCUUCAACACCAUCACCACAACCAUUUUGGUGGUUGUUUCAAAGGAUCAUCAUCUCAACAAGAUCAAGUAUAG